AGCCUGGGGACUAACACACGGGACAGACGCGGAAUGAUUAGAUCCGCCUGGGACCCACAGAGGACCCGCGCGUGGAUCGCACUCUCUUCUGUUUCCUCCUUAUAACCUCCAAAGCCACAUGCAAAGAGAGGGAGACGGAGAGAGAGUCAGGGGGAGAUAGCUAUUCCGACGAUACGACGUCACCGGUGAUUAGACUGUCCAUAUUGUUCGAAGGAUAUCGAGCGAAAUUCUUGUCGGAGAAGAAGGGAAAACAAUGAGCGGGUCAUCGAAGAGGCCACCGGCGAAAAGGACGCGGGUGGGGAAGUACGAGAUGGGACGAACCCUAGGCGAAGGAAGCUUCGCGAAGGUAAAAUUCGCGAGGGACACGGUCACCGGAGAUCUCGCCGCCAUUAAAAUCCUUGAUCGGGACAAGGUCCUCCGUCACAAAAUGGUCGAACAGAUUAAGAGAGAAAUAUCGACAAUGAAGCUGAUCAAACACCCAAAUGUGGUCGAAAUCAUUGAGGUUAUGGCGAGCAAAACGAAGAUCUACAUUGUUCUUGAGUUUGUCAAUGGCGGGGAACUCUUUGACAAAAUUGCCCAACAAGGGAGACUUAAAGAAGAUGAAGCACGGAGAUAUUUUCAACAGCUCAUCAAUGCGGUGGAUUACUGCCAUAGUCGAGGUGUCUACCACAGAGAUUUGAAGCCUGAGAAUCUCAUUUUAGAUGGAAAUGGGAUGCUAAAAGUGUCUGAUUUUGGGUUAAGCGCAUUAUCACCGCAAAUUGGGGGAGAUGGUUUGCUUCAUACAGCUUGUGGGACUCCUAACUACGUUGCUCCUGAGGUGAUUUCGGAUAAAGGCUAUGACGGUGCAUCAGCAGAUGUCUGGUCUUGUGGAGUCAUUCUCUUUGUGCUCAUGGCUGGUUACUUGCCUUUCGACGAUCCUAACCUCAUGAAUUUGUACAGACGUAUUUGCAAGGCCGAUUUCGCUUGCCCACCAUGGUUCUCAUCUGCAGCUAGGAAACUCAUUGGACGUAUCCUUGAUCCCAACCCUCUUACAAGGAUAAGAAUUGCGGAAAUACUGGAAGAUGAAUGGUUCAAGAAAUCGUACAAACCGCCUUGCUUUGAGCAGGAUGACGAGGAUGUAAACCUCGAUGAUGUAGAUGCUGCGUUCAGUAACUCCAAGGAAUGUCUUGUGACAGAGAGGAAGGAGAGACCGGAAUCCAUGAACGCGUUUGAGCUCAUCUCCAGAUCAAGGGAGUUCAGUCUCGAAAAUCUGUUCGAGAAGCAGAAUGGACUUGUAAAGAGAGAGACGCGUUUCACUUCUCAACGUCCGGCAAACGAGAUAGUGUCAAAGAUCGAAGAAGCCGCAAAGCCAUUAGGCUUCAAUGUCCACAAACACAACUACAAGAUGAAGUUGAAAGGAGAUAAAAAUGGUCGCAAAGGUCAGCUAUCCGUUGCUACAGAGGUGUUCGAAGUGGCACCAUCACUGCACGUGGUAGAGCUCAGGAAAACAGGCGGUGACACACUCGAGUUUCACAAGUUUUAUCAAAGCUUCUCGUCAGGGCUAAAGGACAUAGUGUGGAAAACAGAAGAAACUUCCGAACAACAACGUUGACCGCGCGCUUGGAACUAGUGAAUCUCAAGCAUCGUGUCUUUAACGGGUUUUGUUCAUUCCCCCGUAUUGUCUAACCGCUAGAUCUCCCAUUCAUUAAAAAAAAAUGGGCAAUAAGUUUUUUUAAUGUCAAUAAAAACUAAGGCUUUGAUCUCUGUAUAAAUCGGUAAAUAAAGAUUUGGUUACAAAUAUUUCA